AUUUGACAUAUGCAGAAAUUUUUAAGUUGUAUAUCCUAUAGUUUUUGGCAAAAGUUAUGUGCAAUAUAUUGCACAUUCAAGCAAAAUACUAAUUAAAUUAAAAAACCGCGAAUUAUAUUCAAGUACUAAUUAACGUAAUCCUUUGGAGCGGUCAAAAAUGUGUCGACAAAUCUACUGGAAAGUGUAAAAAAUAUAUUCCAUAAAAUUAUUUCUAUAACCAAAGAUACAAGUAAAUCUACAAAUAACUUUUGCAAUGCUACUUAAACCAAGCAAGCACAUAAAUAGUUCUUCAUUAUGGAAGCUGCUAUUUAUGUUGCUAGCCGUAUUCGCCACACCAUUUACAUAUGCAGCCCAUGCAGAAGCUGCGCGUGUACUAGAAUUAAGCGACCGUUUCUUAGAGGUAUACAACCAGGGUCAAUGGUUGGUCAUGUUUUACGCACCAUGGUGUGGUUACUGCAAACGAACUGAACCAAUUUUCGGGCAGGUGGCACAAGAAUUGCAUGGCCUUAGUAUACGAGUAGGAAAAGUUGAUUGUACACGAUUCUCGAAUGUGGCACGUGAGAUGAAAAUACGCGCCUAUCCAACUAUUAUGUUCAUUAAAGGCAGUGCGAUGUAUGUAUACAAUGGUGAUCGGACGAAGGAAGAGUUGGUUGAUUAUGCGCUGCGUAUGAGCGGGCCCCCAGUGCAGCUGGUGACACGUCCCGAGAGUGUUGAUAUGCUUAAGGGUUCGCAUACUAUUUUCUUCAUUUUUGUGGGUCAACAGGAGGGUGUUAUUUGGGAAUCAUAUUAUGCCGCAGCAGAGAACUAUCAAGAAUAUGGAUUUUUCUACGCAACUUCGGCAGAUAUAGCUUCGCAACAUUUCGAUUUUGAGUAUUUACCUGCUGUGCUUGUUUACAAAGACGAACAACAUCAUUUAUAUCCGUUUUCACAAGGGCCACACGAAGUUGAUAUUAACGAGACUGUGCAUCAUUGGGUAAAUGUUGAGAGGUUUACAACUUUUCCGAAGAUCACGCGCUUCAAUAUAAAUCAGUUAAUGCUUACGAAAAAGUAUCUAGUUGUAGCAGUUGUCGAGGAAGACAAAUUAAAUCAAGUUGCUACACAUGAACUGGAAUUCCGUGAUAUGGUUGAGGGUGUUAUACGUAAACAUCGGGAUAGGUAUCAUGAUAAAUUUCAAUUUGGAUGGAUUGGCGAACCCGGUAUAGCCCAUUCUAUUAUACUGGAUACAUUGCCUACACCCCAUCUGAUCGUGAUCAACUCUACUACACAACAUCACUACAUACCAGACGAUGAGCCGCUUAAAAUGACUCCACAGGCACUACACGUCUUCCUCGAAUCAAUUCAUGAUGAAAACGCAACUCCGCUUGGAGGCGAUACGUACUUUGUGCGCCUGCGACGCGCAUUUUUUGAGGUUAAGAAGGGCUUACGUGAUAUGUGGCAGGGCAAUCCUGUACUGACAACUGUCAUCUUCGGCCUGCCAUUUGGCUUCUUGUCACUCAUUUUAUAUUCGAUAUUUUGCGGAGAUUGCUUUGAGGCAUCAGAUGAAGAAGAUGAUCACGAGAAAACGGAAUAAGUGAUGUUUAUAAAGCUUUUACUUGAUAAGAUCAUUUUUGUUUAGUAACUUAUAUCUCUCUAGUCUAAUUAUAUGAGUUUAUAGCACAUAUAAAUUAUAGGUGCCAUAUAAUUUAUUUUAUAUACAUAUGUACGUACUUUCCAGCUAUAAAAUCUAAGCUAAAUAUAAAAAUGUGUUGUAAUAUUGCAUUGUAAAAUCGAAUGCUUGAUAGUAGCCGGACAAUACGGUAUAAUUUACAUUCCCACGUCGUAUAUACAUAUGCCUCUGUCUAUGUUCACGUAAUAGGCCAAAUAAAGGGUUCAAUAUUCACAGUAUUGAAAAAAUAUGACGAUCAUAAUCGAUUUAACCUAUUAA